CCAGCAACAACCGGUACUCCUAGACAAUGUGGUUGAGGCCCCCAAACAUGCCGAAUCCAUAUGCAGAACAGCUACUUCUACACAAAUGACUUACAGUGAACAUGAAGGCAGCCAGACCAGCAUGGUAAAUUAUUCCAAAGCCUUAAUUAGUCAGACUUUGAUGACAAUCCAGAGGAGAGUGUCUAUGUCAGAGAGGAUGAGCACCUCAGAGAAAGGCCUCUUGACUCGUUCCAUCGUGGGCUCCAUGUUGGAGGAUGUUGACAUGGUGAGAACUGAUGGACACGAGAUACACCGGCCAUCCUCCUCAAAGUCCUCCCUUUCCAUCACCUCUGCCAUGACCAGAGGGUCCCAGAGUGAUUUUACAAAUUCUCUUCCAGGCACUCCAGUCCCCAAUGAGUGGCCUGUUGAAAUCUAUUGUCCUAUCAUUAGGAGUUCGGUCAUUGAUAUGAGUGACUCCUCAACUCAUUCACAAGGGUCAACAAAUUACACAAGGCAAACCAUCUCUGCCAUAGUUGACACUGUUAUGGAGGUCAUUCCAAGAGAAGAUACGGAACACAUAGCCACUGCAGAUGAUGUCACUUCUUUUACAAGAAGACUUGCGAGACUCAGCCCCAGGGACGGUCUUCAGAACUUCUCACAUGAGCUCACUGACAAAGUUUAUGAGCUCAUAAAAAGUCACAACACCCCCCAGGCUCUUUUUGUGCCAGCUGGCAAGAGCGUGUCUGACUCUAUUCUUUUGAAGCUGAAGACAGAAUUGAAUGCUUCUGAAGAAUCCAGGGAGUUUCCAUCUGACCUUGUGUAUUCCUUUGCUACGGAGUCAAUAAAACGUCUGCUACAGCAGAUUGUCUUCUGGCUUCCUCCACCAUCACAAGGAUCAGAUUUCUGCCAAACUAUCAUCUCUGAUGGUUCUCUGCAGGAAACAAGUCAGCUUAUCCCGAGCUCUUCUGCCAUCUCCAUUAGUUCCUCACAGGUUUACUGUGACACAGAGAGCCUUUUCACCAAUAUAAUGGUCAAUCAGGUCAUGUAUACCUGUUCUGUGGCCUCCAAUUCAUCAGAAGAAUUAUCAGAGUUGAUGAACAUAAUCAAUGGGUUGUCCCCAACUGAUGCUGGAACACUUGACUCUGACAGACCGGCUCUCAUGACCACUAGCCGUCAGUCUAGUGCCAAAUCAUUGCCUAGACCCUCUCUGUCUGGCAACAGCACACACAACGGUGGAACUGUGGAUUAUCAAGUUUUAGGAGAGGUGGAAUCCAAGAUGGACAACAAAGAUCUGGAGAUGUCUAGUGUCUCUGUGCAUCCAUCAACUCCAUCAGCCAUGGACUCUGAUACACAUGCAUCAUUUGACUCCACUAGCAAUGACUACACCUCUUUGGUACUUUUACUGAUUGUUAGACUGCUGUCAAUGAUCACCCCUAUCACAUUACUGGAAUCCUCUGACAUUGGUGAAACAUCAAGAGUUCUCACAAAGAGGAUUCUGUCUGAGUUCUGUGGCACCUCAGGCCUUGAACCAACUCAAGCCUACCCCCAGAAUCUGAAAAUCAAAAAGAUUUUCAAGGCUGUCUACAAGGGGCUUCUUCAAGAAUUCGGGUCAGAGAAGAUGCUCCAGGUUGCAAUGAAGUCAACGGAUUAUGCAUUUGACGAUGCCCUGGUCAAAUCAUUAACUAGGGAACUACUAACUAAAUGCAAUGAGGCUAGCUCUUCACCUCCCUCCAAUACCCAGUUGUCAUCACACAAUGACCUUGGCAGUGACGAGGUAGGUAAUUAUGGCCUUCCAACAACUGGAAGAAAGGAAAAGAAGAGAGGAAGAUUCAGCGCUCUCUGUGGACUCCACCCAAAGUGUACAAAGAAGGUCAACAAGAAGAACCACUGCACUCCAACACCUUCCCAGAACCAGACCCCUGCCGGUAGUGAAACAGCUUAUGCCUGCCCACACCAUAACCCUACAGCCAACACGACGCCAUAUACGUGGUCUGUGGUUGUGAGGCCGGUUGGACAUACCGCCAAAUAUUCUAAAACGACAUUGAAGGCGGCUUAUGGUAAGGAAAUAAACAUUCAAUUCUCCGGCCACAGCUCUGGUGGACAUUCCUGCAGUCAGCAUGCCAAUUGCACGCUCCCUCAAAACUAGUCAACCAGCGUUUAUCCUUGCUUCUAUUUUUCUCAGUCUGUCUCAGAGACAUCUGUGGCAUUGUGUGGUGUGACAAAACUGCACAUUUUAGCGUGGCCUUUUAUUGUCCCCAGCACGAGUUGCACCUUUGUAAUGAUCAUGCUUUUUAACCCACAAGAGUCUAAGCCCUGUUUAGGCCGAGGGGUUUGUAUCGGCCUUACUGCUAUUUGCCCAUACAAACACAUUGAAUAACAGAUUCACUACAUGGAACUGAAGUGUCUGUCCUAAAUCUGAGAGAUAGAA